GUCAGCGUGUAAACAAUAAAACUGGUGCUACUAACUGAGCUGUUUCAUUCUCGAAAAGGCUCCUAAACUCUUGAGGACUUCAAGCAAACCUUCUACACCAUGGCAUCACUAACCCCUCUGUCCAAGGCCAACACCGAAUUCUCCCUGGCUUUGCUCAAAAAGCUGAGCGACAAUGACGGCAAGGCGAAUAUCUUCUUCUCCCCAUUCAGCAUCUCUUCAGCCCUGGCUAUGGUGCUGCUGGGAGCCAGAGGCAACACAGCCACACAGAUGUCUGAGUGCCUGAAAACCAAGAAUCUGCAGGAUGAUGUCCAUGCCAGCUUUGCUAAAGUGCUGAACGAGCUCAACAAGCCAGAUGCUCCGUAUGCCCUCAGUGUGGCCAACAGGCUGUACGGAGAGCAGUCCUACCAGUUUGUCGAGGAUUUUGUGGCACAGACCAGGAAGCACUACAAUGCUGAGCUGGAGUCUGUGGACUUCAUUGCCAGCUCAGAGGCAGCCAGAGUCAACAUCAACACAUGGGUGGAGAAGAAGACACAAGAUAAAAUUAAGGAUCUGCUGGCCGCGGGCGUGGUGGACGGCUUGACUAAGCUCGUACUGGUCAAUGCCAUCUACUUCAAAGGCAACUGGAACAAGCGGUUUCAGGAGAGCUCCACAUGUGAUGCUAAGUUUAGGCUCAACAAGAAUGAGUCCAAGCCAGUGAAGAUGAUGCACCAGAAAACUAAAUUCCCUUUGACCUUCAUCCCUGAAGCCAACUGCCAGAUCCUAGAGUUGCCUUACAAAGGGAAGGAGCUCAGCAUGCUCAUCUUUCUGCCCAUGGACAUAGAGGACAAUUCAACUGGUCUGGAGAAGAUGGAGCAGCAGCUGACCUAUGAAAACUUUGUGGAGUGGACCCGUCCAGACAUGAUGGACGAAAUUGAGGUCCAGGUGGGCCUGCCACGAUUCAAGAUGGAGGAGAAGUACGACAUGAAGAAUGUCCUGACCAGCAUGGGCAUGGUGGAUGCCUUCGACAUGGCGAAGAGUGACUUCUCUGGCAUGUCACCGGCAAAUGACCUGGUAUUGUCAAAAGUUGUCCACAAGGCCUUUGUGGAAGUCAAUGAAGAGGGAACCGAGGCUGCCGCUGCCACCGCAGCUAUCAUGAUGCUGCGCUGUGCCAUGCGUCCAACCACCUUUGUUGCAGACCACCCCUUCCUCUUCUUCAUCCGACACAACCCCUCUAUGAGUGUCCUCUUUGCUGGCCGAUACUGCUCCCCUGAGUGAGCACUUUGGUCUUUUUAGAGCAGUGCGUCUUAACUGGAAGGGGUGUUACACUAAAUCUGCUAUUGCAAAAGUAUCAUGUUUUACUAGCCUUACCGUAAACAUCACCACUGGAGAUUCUCCUUUAGCUAAACACACUCUGCACUCCCGUCCUAUAUUACCAACACCAGGAUGUUGCUGGAAAGCCUCUGAGUAUCAACAGUGGUGUUGAAUUUUCUAAACUGUGGCUUAAUCAUGUGAUCAUGUGUUAUCACCUCUUACACAAGUGAUUUUGUCUUAACACUGUGCCUUCCAGCUCUUUGUACUGUAUUCUUUGCACCAAAUUGCUUCUUUAGGAUCUGGUUUACUUCAUGUCUACAUGUAUGGCCCUCUUUGCUGCAGCCACACUCCUACCCUACAGUACUUCAUUUAUACCAUUAAAGUCUAGUUUAUCUUAUACCUUACACUCUCCAAAGCAGUGGUUCUCAAACCUUUCCAUGUCAAAGAUAUGAUUUUAUCCCAGGGUCCCCCAUCUUAUAAGAUUAUUCUUUUUAGAUCCUUUAUCCCAGAAAGUAUAUGAAACCUAUGACCAAGAUACU